UAUCAACCACCCAUCUCUCUCUAUAAUCUCUUCCUCGUAUUUCAUCUCUGUACAUGUAAGCACCGCUUCUGGGUUACACGCAAACAUGGCUUCUCUAUCGUACGGAGUUUCGAACAUAUGCAGAAGCCAAGAGAUUCUGUCGGCAACGGUUCAGAUUCGUCCCACUGGGCUACAUAUCACAGGAAGAAUCAGAGCUGCGAAGAAAAUCUUAUAUAAUGGAUUGUCAUCAUCAGUGGAGGGGAGAGUCAAUACACAAAGAAUGAUGUGUAGAGUGAGCUCAGAAUCAUCUACUGAAACUGAAGAAGAUUCUGCCACAAAGACCAAGAAGACGCCGUUUGGAUACACGAGGAAGGAUGUUCUGUUGAUAGGAGUGGGAGUGACUGCACUUGGUAUCGGGCUAGAGAGCGGACUUGAGUAUGUGGGAGUAGAUCCUUUGCAAGCAGGUAAUGCUGUACAGCUGAUAUUGGUGCUAGGCUUGACACUAGGUUGGAUAUCGACUUACAUCUUUAGAGUCGGUAACAAGGAGAUGACUUAUGCUCAGCAGCUUCGUGACUACGAGUCUCAAGUCAUGCAGAAACGGUUGGAGAGCUUAUCUGAGGCGGAGUUAGAGGCGUUGAUGGAACAAGUUGAUGAAGAGAAGAGACAAGUUUAGUAGGCUUAGGCUCCUCUACUGUUCCGUUCACCUGCAAAAUUAGUAAAAGAAUCACAGGCAGGUUUUAAUGUUGGUUCUUGUCCCUCAAUGUUGGUUGUAUGAUACACAAAAGAAUACAAAUCAAAGAAUAUGUUGAAACGGUUGAA